GAUUUCCUCUACUCGGACCGUGAGGUGGAAGUGAUGAAGGCCGAUAUCCGCCUUGCCAAGCUGCACGGGGCCGACGGGCUGGUGUUCGGGGCCCUCACUGAGGACGGGCGCAUCGAUACAGAGCUCUGCACAGCGUUGCUGGCAGUGUGCCGUCCCCUGCCAGUCACGUUUCACCGAGCCUUUGACAUGGUGCAUGACCCUGUGGUGGCACUGGAGACCCUGAUUUCUCUGGGGUUUGAGCGGGUGUUGACGAGCGGCUGUGACAGCUCGGCGCUGGAAGGAUUGUCCUUAAUUAAGAGGCUUGCAGAGCAGGCGAAGGGCAGGAUUGUGGUGGUGCCAGGGGGUGGCAUCACAGAGCGAAACCUGCAGAGGAUUCUGGAAGGCUCCACCGCUUCUGAGUUCCACUGCUCUGCUCGCUCAGUCCGGGACUCGGGAAUGAAGUUCAGAAAUCCAAACGUUGCCAUGGGAGCGUCCUUCUCUGCCCCUGAAUACUCCAUAAAGGUGGCAGAUGUGGCCAAAGUGAGGACCCUGAAUGCCAUUGCAAAGAACAUUCUGUAGUGGAAGGCACCGUGCUUGGGACAAGAGCGCUGAGACUCCAGGGUCUUCUCUGCCACAUGGACAGAUGGGUACUGCUUCCGUCCUCAGGCUGCAGAGGAUAUGAACUAGGUGACGAAGCCUGACAUCUCUUCCCCUGAAUGGCCAGACCCUGGCCUGGAAACUUGUUGGCCAUUUUAAAUAAAAGGACUCAUUCCCAGAUGUUGCAGCAGGCAGCUGCUUGGCAGCAUUUGGGAGAAAGGGAGCUGAGCAAGUAGGGGGAUUGAAUUGUGUAGCACUGCAUGUGAUUGUCAAAUAAACACUGCAGCUGCCCCCCUCUU